GACAGGGCUCGGGGCCCGGGAUACGAGGGUACAAGCGAGCCUGGGCGUCAAGUGGGUAGCAACCGAGUGCAUCCCAGAUUCGCCUCUCUCCCGACCACAAGCCAGAUUCAUUUCGGGCUUGGGCCGGGCUCGGCCACCGCCUGAAGGGCUAUUGCCGACUCCUGGCAUCUUGCAUCCUCAGCCGCCGCCAUCGUCUUGGAACGAUUUGGUAGCCGUCCUCUGCGAUUAAUGGCAGACCCGCGUGUUGUGCCCAAGAAAAGAUAAUCGCCUUAGCUCUCUGCUCCAGAGCGAGGGUUCAUCGGCAGGCGCUUUUACAUGGCAGGUCUGCCACGCACCUUUUGGAGAAAAGCACGUUUCCCUACUUGUUGUGGGCAUUGUUUCGAAAUAAUGUUGUCCCGAUUCUCGCGUUACGUAAAUUCCAGUGCUUCAGUUUUGAAGCAAAGAAUCAAGACUUAUUCUAGUGCCACAAAAACUUCAUUAAAAACUGAGAAGUCAGUCACUUCUGAAGAGGUUUUUGCUCGUGAAGAAAAAUAUGGUGCUCAUAAUUAUCAGCCCGUCCCUGUUGCUUUGGCUAGAGGGGAAGGUAUUUAUGUAUGGGAUGUGGAAGGCAGGAGGUACUUUGAUUUCCUAAGUGCUUACAGCGCUGUGAAUCAGGGACAUUGUCAUCCAAAGAUUAUUGCAGCACUUAAAUCUCAAGCUGAUAAACUGACUCUCACUUCUCGAGCUUUCUAUAAUGAUGUACUGGGAGAAUAUGAAGAAUAUGCCACUAAGCUGUUCAACUACAAAAAGCUGUUACCAAUGAAUACUGGUGUUGAAGGAGGAGAAACUGCGUGCAAAUUAGCCCGCAAAUGGGCAUAUGAAGUUAAAGGAAUUCCUAAAUAUAAAGCAAAAAUCCUUUUUGCAGCUGGUAAUUUUUGGGGUAGGACUAUAUCUGCCAUUUCCAGUUCAACAGACCCCAGUAGUUAUGAAGGAUUUGGACCAUUUAUACCUGGGUUUGAAAUUGUUCCAUACAAUGAUCUGCCAGCAAUAGAGCGUGCAUUCCAGGACCCUCAUAUGGCAGCUUUUAUGGUGGAGCCAGUCCAGGGAGAAGCUGGUGUUAUAGUUCCAGACCAAGGUUAUCUUCAAGGAGUGAGAGAAUUAUGUACAAAAUAUAAUGUGCUAUUCAUUGCGGAUGAAGUGCAAACUGGGCUGGCUAGAACUGGUCGUAGACUGGCAUGUGAUCACGAAGAUGUUAAGCCAGAUAUUGUUGUUCUCGGAAAAGCGCUCUCUGGAGGAGUGUAUCCUGUUUCAGCUGUUCUAUGUAAUGAUGAAAUUAUGUUGACCAUCAAACCAGGUCAGCAUGGGUCUACAUACGGUGGAAAUCCAUUAGCAUGCCGUGUUGCUAUUGCUGCUUUAGAGGUCCUUGAAGAAGAAAAAUUGGCAGAAAAUUCUGAGGAAAUGGGAAUGUUACUGAGAAGAGAGCUGAUGAAAUUGCCAUCAAAUGUUGUGAUUGCUGUACGAGGAAAAGGAUUAUUGAAUGCCAUUGUUAUUAGAAACACAAAAGCUUUUAAUGCCAUGGAUGUUUGCCUUCGCCUACGUGACAAUGGUCUGCUAGCUAAACCAACUCACGGGGACAUCAUUAGACUAGCACCGCCUCUUGUGAUCAAAGAGGAUGAAAUAAGAGAAUGUGUUGAUAUCAUUCAAAAGACCAUUUUGUCUUUUUGAAGAAGAUGGAACCUAUUAUUACGAUGAGUUGUUUCUUUUCAACAAGAUGAAUGUGCCUGACUUGAAUAAUUAUGACUUUCUGUGUUACUUCAUGGGCUUUAGAUCAGAGGUUCCCAACCUGGGGUUCACGGAUCCCUUGGUUAAUGGUAAGGCUCCAUGGCAUAAAAAGGGUUAGGAAUCCACUG